GUUUUUAGGUAGAACCUCAACUCUUUAUCAAUACUUGGCAGACUCAUGGGUGACAUGAAGUCCCAUAAGUUUGAACAAAAGAGAGGACAUAUUGCCUCAGCUGUGGAAUGCUACAUGAAAGAGUAUGGUGCCACAGAAGAAGAAACGAUAAUUGAACUCAGAGCAGCCCACUAAUAGAUGUUCCACUAUAAAUAGCACAAUACAACACCCCUUCAACUCAUAGCAGCCCUUGAUACAUUCAAUUAAGAGCACAUUGAUCGUUUCCUCGCACUUAGGAAUAAAAUGUCUGCUCAAGUUUUAGCUGCAUACCAAGUUCAAAGCCUGAAUGCGACUCCUGAUCAUGUUAAGCGACGUUUAGCUAAUUUCUCUCCCAGCACUUGGGGCGAUUAUUUUCUAUCAUAUGCUUCUGUGGAAACAGAUAUCAAAGCAGAGCAAGAUGUCCAAGAACUGAAGGAAAAAGUGAAGGGGAUGAUAAUGGCUCCAAUGCUUAAAAAUCCAUCAAAAAAAUUAGAGUUAAUUGAUGAGAUUCAGCGGUUUGGUGUCUCCCGCCAUUUCGAAAAUGAAGUUGAGGAAGUUUUGCAGCAAAUUCACAAGAACUCUUACGGCGGUGAUGAAGAAAAUGAUUUUGACCUUUUCACAACUGCUCUCCGUUUCCGUUUGCUUAGACAGCACGGUUAUGAGGUUUCAUGCACAGACAUGUUCAACAAGUUCAAGGACGAGGACGGGAAAUUUAAGGAAACACUUGUGGAUGAUGUAGUAGGACUGUUGAGCUUGUACGAAUCCACGCAUCUUAGGAUGCAUGGAGAGGAUUUACUGGAUGAGGCGCUCACCUUCACCACAACUCAUCUUGAGUCAGUGGAAGCGCACCGUUUAAGCCCCUUGCUUGCAAAACAAGUAACCCAUGCCUUGUAUCAACCAUUCUGGAAGGGCUGCCAAAGGCCAGAAGCAAGGCGUUACUUGGCUAUCUUUGAGGAGGAACCUCAUCCGGCAAACGAAACUCUCCUAACUUUGGCAAAGUUGGAUUUCAACCUAGUGCAGCAAGUCCAUCAGAAAGAACUAAGUGAAAUUUCAAGGUGGUGGAAGGAUUUGGACUUUGUAAACAAGCUUCCUUUUGCAAGAGACAGAGUAGUUGAGUGCUACUUUUGGGCUCUGGGAACCUACUUUGAGCCCCAAUAUUGCUUUGCUAGGACAUCAUUAAGCAAAGUCAUUGCUGUGAUAACCGCUAUUGAUGACAUUUAUGAUGUGUAUGGCACACAAGAGGAGCUAGAGCUCUUUACUGAAGCUGUUGAAAGGUGGGACAUUUCAGCUAUGGACCAACUGCCAGAGUAUAUGAAAGUCUGUUAUGGAGCAAUGUUGGAUGUAUACACUGAAUUUGAAGAAAAGCUUGGAAAAGAGGGAAAUUUAUAUCGCAUCCACUAUGCGAGAGAAGCAAUGAAAUGUCAUGUUAGAGGUUACUUUGAUGAAGCCAAAUGGCUCCACCAGAAAUACACACCAACAAUGGAUGAAUAUAUGGCAGUCGCACUUGGUACAUCCUACAAGAUGCCAUUAACCACAUCCUUUAUUGGAAUGAGAGAUAUUGUCACAAAAGAGUCCUUGGAUUGGGUUCUCAGUGACCCUAAGAUUGUGAACUCUUUAUCAAUACUUGGCAGACUCAUGGAUGACAUGAAGUCCCAUAAGUUUGAGCAAAAGAGAGAACAUGUUGCCUCAGUUGUGGAAUGCUACAUGAAAGAGUAUGGUGCCACAGAAGAAGAAACGAUAAUCGAACUCGGAAAACAAGUAAAUAAGGCAUGGAAGGACAUAAAUGAAGGGUGGAUCAACCUCACCACCAUCCCUAUGCCACUACGGUUGAGAAUUCUGAAUUUUGCACGUACCAAUGAACUUAUGUACAAGCAUGAAGAUGCCUUCACUCAUGCUGGAGUUGUACUUAAGGAUCUUCUGGUGUCUCUGUUUGUCAACCCUGUGCCCAUAUAGGCCUAAAAUCAAAUUUGGUCUUCUUGUCUUUGCUAUAAAGAAUAAGGUCUCCACAAGUCAUGUCUUUGCUUUAUGGUUUUUAAAAAUAGUAAUUUGGUUUGUUUUGGGUCAUUUGUAGUCAUGGGCGUUACUCAGAAUAAGACUACACUAUUUGUACUGUAUUGACCCUUUGUUUGUCAGCCCAUUUAGUACUUUAGAUUUUAUGUGUCAUAGAUUAGUUUGCAAUUGAUGUUCUGAAUAGAACAAAGUCAGGUUGGAGUCCAUAUUGUAUCAUUCAGUAGUUGUAUUUUAACAUUUAUACUCUUCUUUUUUUA